CGCGUCUUGCCUAUUGAAAACAUCACUGGAGAUAUUUUCCACGCUUCUCCUUGCGUCGGUUACCGUGAAAAUUGCAUUUUUCGAUACCUGAAAGGUCGAUAAACCGUAAUUUGUUUUCACAUAGAAGAGCUGAGCCACCAGGCGAUAGGAUUCUUGUCUCAUCGCUCUCGACUAGACUAUCAACUCAACAACAGCAAUGUUUUAGCGUUGCCAUGACCCGUGACGGGGAUAUCCCGACCAUAUUCAAUCCUCGUGGUCGAAGCAGAGCACCGAGCGUUGUGGUUACAGAAGAAGGCGUAGCUAACGGACCGUUUGCGCAUACAGAUUCCGUUAGCAGCCAACAGGAAUCUCAAGGAGCUGGUGAUCUGAUAGCACCUACUCAACAAUGUGGUUUAGCAGGAAAGUUGAAAUCUUGUUCGACGUCUUUGUGUUCAAAAUCGGCGAGGAAGAUUUAUUUUGGGAUUUGGGUAACAGUAUGCGUAACGGCUUCAUGGGUAGGAGCAACACACUGCAUAAAAUACCUUUACUUAAGAAGACCAAAAGAUAUAGAAGCAGAUGCAGAUCCAGUAUUAAUUCCACAUGACACAACGGGAAUUAAUAUGACUCUUGUCCAAACAAUUUAUACAGCCUCUUAUCAAGCUCCUUUUUUCACUACGUGGUUCGUCACCAACUGGACGAUGCUGUUUUUUCCUUUAUACUUUUUAUGUCGAAUAAGUAAUAGAAGAUGCGAAUCGAUGCCCGAUAUUCUGACUGAGAGCAUCAGGGAUUUCAGGGAUAAAGGAUUCACCGCAGUGAGAUUCAUGACAAGAUGCAGUCUUUUCUGCAUUCUCUGGGUCGGAACUAAUUACAUGUACAUACUCUCCCUAAGGAUACUCUUAGCUACUGACGUUAUGGCACUCUUCGCAACAAACGUCUCUUUUGUCUAUCUCCUUUCCUGGGUCAUUCUUCAUGAACAGUUCGUUGGUAUAAGAAUAAUGGCUGUGAUAAUUUGUGACACCGGCGUAGCUCUGUUGGCGUAUAUGGACGGAAUUACUGGUAGUCCUACACUGGGUGGAGUUGUUCUUGCAACUUCUGCUGCGGCUGGAUCCGCUAUAUAUAAGGUGCUAUUCAAGAAAGUCAUAGGAGAAGCAACAUAUGGUCAAGUAGCUCUAUUUUUUUCGCUCAUCGGUAUGUUAAAUGCGGCAUUUUUGUGGCCCCUCUGUCUGGGAUUAUUCCUCAUGGGAAUCGAAACACUCCACUGGGAUAUGUUGCCAUGGCCAGCGUUAUUAACAUCUAGUAUUCUUUCUCUAGUUGCCAAUUUACUGGGUAAUUUUAGUGUAGUCCUAACUUACGACUUAUUUAUAACAUUAGGACUUAUAACAGCCGUCCCCGUUUCUGCAGCAUUAGAUGUUGUUUUAUAUGGAGCUAGUUUUGAAGGAAUGAAAUUGGCUGGGAUGAUUUUAAUAGGAGUCGGUUUUUUCUUAGUGAUGUUUCCCGAUAAUUGGCCUGACUAUAUCACCAGACUCUUACGAAAUAUCAUAAUGUUGAGCCACAGUGCGAGAUGGAGCAGAAGAAGUCGACACGGAUCUAAUGGACCUCGAAGCCACGUGGUUGACUACAGGACAGGAUAUAUCAGAUCUCAUCUUAGAUCACCGUCGGGAAGAGUACGGUGACCUAGUCAAUCUUCGGAUCUAUUUCAUAUUAGUGAUUCUUAUGUCUCACCAUUUUGAGAAAUUAUAGAUUGAAUUCGUUGAUGUCUAGAAACGAAAAAAAAUCUUGUAGCGAUCCAUUUCUUUAUAAUACAGUCCACGGUAUAGAAGAAAGACUGAAACUGUAACGAGUAGUUGUGGAUUUUUUGAAAUAAAAUGUUUAGAGCCUUAUUGUAUGUAAAAAGGUUAGCUUUCACACGAGUUACAAACAAUCAGUGAGGUUUAUAUAAAAACUUCUGAUUGUUUAACUUCAGAUGAUUGUUCUGCUAGUUCAUUGUCUGAAGCGUUUGUUCCAACCCUUCAACUGGGCUGUUACCGUUAUACAAACGAUUUUGUAUUAUGCUUCAACCGAGUUAGGUAUCAUUUGUGAACCAUUUUCGAGACGGUCUUUUCAAUACUUGGUUGGUGGCAAGUAACGUUACCAAAACUGAGCCUAGCUAGAAAUUACGCAGGAAAUAUAAUUUAAACGCUACCAAUAACCGUUACAAGAACGGUCCAGAUUAGCAGAUUUUAUAUUGAAAAUUAGGUCUUUCAUAGUUUCUGCGCUUUUACAUGUUUCAUAACAAUAUUAAUCAAACUUUUCUCAGUUUAUUUCUUGGUGGUAUCCUCACAUUUUGCGCUCCGAUUUCGCACGAAUGCGAUUUACUCCAUGGUCCUCAUCUGAUGCCAUUUAUUAUAUUUCAAUACAUUACCAUUACUUAUAUAUUACUUACUAUAUGGAAAAACAAAAACAUAAGUAUUGAGGCCAAGUCAAAGACCUACAAAACUGUAAUCAGACCCAUAAUGACGUACACAGCAGAAACUCGGCAAAAUGAAAGUCCUACUAAAAAUUACUGAAAAAAACGCUGCUAGACAGGGAACGUAGCGACGACAUUAGACAAGAAUGCAGAGUGGUAAAUAUUAACGAAUGAGUACUGAGAAGAAAGCGCGAAUGAGGCAAUAGGCAUGCUGCGAAGAAUGAACAGGCAAUCUGCUUAAAAUGGAGUAGGAAGAAGAAGAAAAAGAAGAAGACAUUGACAUUUUUACUCCACAUAAAUUUAAGUUAUAUCAGUGCACUGAUGCUAAUUUAAAAUUGUUAACAAUAUUCAUGCUAACCUCAGACAAAUUGACAAAGUCGGGCAAGCAUCUAGUUUUCAAAAUUACAUAUUUGAACUUUGUACUACAUUCUUCAAAGUGAACAGAGCAGAUAACAUUCCAUUAGGUGGAGCCCAAUCAACACUUUCUGUUGCCUCAAUCCACAUAUUCAAGAAAGCGAUCUUUGUGAAAGCAAACCAAUAAAGAAUUUCGGGCUUUAUGAACGCUAAGUGGAACGCACCUUAGAACGUAAGCAAAACUAAUAGCCUACAGUGGAAGAAAGUUCAUUUAAAGCGGUGUGGAUUGCUGUGAUGCGCAAGCUUAACCAAGAACCCAUUCGGUAUGUUGAUUUGCGAUAAAUGUAAUCAGUGAUCACGGAACUGUUACUAAAAAUUCAAAAUUGAACGACCUGACAGUUUGGAAAGUGUGCAUGCUAUCACUCCCUAAACUAAUUUAGAAUCAGAACCGCGAACUAUGGAGGGUAGAGAGAGAAAAGUGGGAAAAGUACCUUUCGGUAUACAAUAAAUAACAGUGCAAAAACCUUCAGGAAUGGCGCUGGUGUAGACAAAAAGAAUGGCAUGAAUAUAUAAAUGAUAAAUGAAUUGAAGUAUGUCGAGUUAAAAAAUAUAAUCUCAUUAUGAGAAAACGGGUUGUCUCACUAAUUUUGGCACUAAGAUUUGCUAAUACGGCGCUACCUUUAUUUAAGGCAAUUGAACGGGGACUUCAUAUGGGUACAUUAUUAGUAUUGUAACGUUUUUCUAUUCGUGGGGGGUGACUUAAUGUCUCUUAAGUCCUUAAUUUAUUAACGCAUUAUACAAUAUACUUAACUUAUAUUAAUUUACUUUUAAAUAUCAUUUAAUAAUUUCUUCCAAUAAUUCGUUCAUUUUACUCCGAUUAUUUAUUUAAAACUUUACUAACUGCGCUACAUAAACUUAUUUAUAUACCACAAGUAGAAUUCUACAAAGUUCUAGAACAACAGAAACAAAAUAAAUAAAUGGACUUUACUAGAAAUUAUUUAGAAGGAAUACUGUAAAUAAACCGCCUGAUGAUAAAAAAAAUAAAAACAAAUAAACAUCUCCGCUAUUUAAAAAUAUUUGAGAGACGCCGCGGAAAUUCACCGAAUUUUUAAAAUUUCAUAGUAGCUGGACUGGACCGGCCUAGGAAACCAUUUUGCGAACUUGUGCAGAUCCAAAGCAAAAGAUAAAAGAAAUGAACAGGUAUUGAAUAGGUAGUUAAGAAAACUCUCAAACUAAUUAAUUUACACGUUAUACAGGGUACAGAAAAUAUCUACAUUAGGUUAGUUAUAAGAAAUAGUAUGAAAUAAGCGUAUUUUCAUCAUUUCGGUUUGUGGACAGUAUUAUUUAGAAUGUAAUCAGUAUGUAGGAAAAUAAAUAGAUUAGGUUUCUUAUAUUGUGUUCCUUCUACACUGACAAAAAUUUGCUACAGGCAAAUGUCCCGAAUUGAUCAACAAAAAAAAUGUAAUCAACAAUGUCCUAACAACAAGAGUAAGUGAUUCCUUGAAAAUGUUGAUGAAUUUAGCGGGUAAACGAAAACGAAACGUCGGCUUUUUGAUAGUAAAACACAAUACAAUGUAAUCUGAAUAAUUAUCAUUUCACCCUAGGAAACUGAUCAAUUCACUGUUUUUAUUAAGAUCUUUUAAUAAUGUUAUUGGUAUGUAAAUAUUCUCUAAGAUAGAUAGAAGAUAGAAAAUUUGCACAAUAAACCUAAAACGUAAAAAUUGACGUGAUUUUAUACAUUAUUAUCCUUCAUAUUUUACAAACAUAUCAUUCUGGAAUAUCAUACAUACUAUAACAAAGAUGAAAUACUAUUUUUAAGUCAAUUGAUAAUUUUUAACAUUAUUUGGUCUCAACUACCUGUAGAGGUCAAAGGUGUGCUAUAAAAUUAUUUUCUAGUCAUAUAGCUCGCUAUGAACUUUCCCAUUAUACAUACUGCUAUCUUGUGGGUCAUGUUUCAUAUAUUGAAAGAGCUGAAGUUUUGUUUUCGAUUGUGUACUUGAAUUAACAGCAAGAAUUUAUUAGUAUAAAUUUACACAACUAAAUUUUUGUUCAAAUAAUUUAGCUAUUUAUCAUAUCAAGAUACGUAUCUUUUCAAAAAAAUAUAUCUGAUACCUACAUUUAGAGUGAUCUAAUCAAGGCAUAUAUUGACUAUCAAUGGUGCCACAUAUUCUGUAAUGUAGAACCAAAAGACAAUAUAAAUGUUCAAAAUAAAUUGUUAAUACACCUAAUUUAGUAUGUAAAUAAAUAUGUAAAAAAUAAAA